AUGAAACGGGGGGGUAUUGGGGAGGAGAGGGGAGGGGGUAAGAAGCAGGCGGUUUUGCAAGACAGCGAAGAUUUCGAUGGCCUGAUCUCGAUGUUUCUUAUGUUUGUUGGCGAUGAUGAUGAAGGUAAACGGACACCCGACGACGUGGCUCUGGGAGUCUCUUCGCCGUCUACUCCGUAUAACUACUUCUUCUGCUUUCUUUAUCCGGGGCUGAAGAAGGAGGCGAAAGAACACUCGACCGAACACGAAGAGAGUUUCGACCUGUCCAUGGUUCGACCGAAGAUCGAAGGCGACUUUGAAGGAACAAAUCUCGAUGGCCACGAGAUACGACUUAGGUUACGUCCUUCCUCUCUCUCUGUCUUGCUGCUGCUGCUCGCUCCGGAGGGCAGUGUAUACAUGAGUUACAUGUAA